AUGUCAGAUGAGGAAUAUUAUGACGAACCAGCUGACGAUGAAGAGUACGGCUCUGAUGAGCACGAAAGAGAACCUGAUGAAGAAAAAGAAGAAGAAGAAGACCAGGAUGAGGAGGAGGAGGAAGGAGAAGAGGAGGUAGAGCCAGAAGAUGAAACGGAGCACGAGGGUUCUGGAGGGCACGACAACGAAUAUCCUAAACCAGCUGAUGAUUAUGGUUAUGAUGAUGACGAGCAUGAAGCAAGCGAUCAUGAGACUCACGACGAUUCUGCUCACGAAGGCGGCGAACAAGAGGAAUCGUACGAAAGGGAUGACGAACCUCAACGUGCAUAUGCAGCUGAUGAUGAGGGAAGUGGUCCACCAGUGGAUUUGACGAAUAUGAUUCAAAGUAAUCAUCUAUCAUGUUCACAUUAA